AUGAGUCUCCUGAGUUGGAAUUGCCGGGGGCUUGGCAACCCGACGGCAAUUCGUGUGCUAGCGGACUUGGUCCGCUCGAAGAGGCCGCAAGUGGUUUUACUGAUGGAGACUUUCGUGGAUACGCAGAGAAUGGAGCCAAUAAGGGUUCAACUGGGGUUUGAGGGUCUGUUCGUGGUGGAUGCCGAUCGUCAUAAGGGGGGGUUGGCGCUUCUUUGGUCUAAGGCCGUGGACCUUACUGUCAUGGGAUACUCGAACAAUCACAUCGACUGUUACGUAUCUUUGGAUGUGGGGAGCCCAACAUGGAGGUUUACGGGGUAUUAUGGAUAUCCCAAACGACAACAUAGGCGUAGUGCGUGGCAGUUUAUGAGGCAGCUGGCAGCGCAAAGCAUGUUACCGUGGUUGGUGAUGGGGGACUUCAAUGACCUCCUCGACCAAUCCGAGAAGCGAGGCCGAGCACCGCAUCCACCGUGGUGUAUCAGGGGCUUCCGAGAGGCUGUGCUAGAUUGCGGCUUACAGGAUCUUCCUUUCUCAGGCUACCAGUUUACAUGGCAUCGGUCGCGUGGAACUCCCAACAUGGUGGAAGAAAAGCUGGAUCGUGUUCUAUGCUCUGACAGUUGGUUAACCAUGUUUGAUCGCGCCACUGCUAGCUCCAUCCAUUUCCCCUAUAGCGAUCAUUUGCCGCUAAUCCUAAACCCGACAGCGGAGCGGCGUGAAACAAGGAGGGCCCGAUUUUGCUUUGACAACAUUUGGCUGCGGGAGGACAUGUGUUGUGAGAUUGUGUCGCACAGCUGGGAGAGAACAACGGGACUGGAUACUCUGACAAGGAUAGCGCGGUGUAGCUAG